AUGGCGGAGGAUAUGAAAAAAGAGCUACAGUCUUUCUGGGAAGUUCCGGCAAUCGCUCAUUUCUGUUCUUUGUUCCGAGAAGUCUUCAAACUGAUCGAUUUCGAAAUUGAGAAGGGCAAUUUGAAUUUGCGCGUUGGUUCCCAUCGCCUGGACUCCGUAAUGACGAAUGAUGAUUGGGGCGGUGAUAGCGAUGAGGCGCAGGGUGACGGAUAUGAUAAUCGUGAUCGUAAUGAUGACUAUUACGGUCCAAACCCGUUGGGUGUCAAUGCAGAAAAGGCAUCGUUUCAUUCAUUGCCAUUGUACGCGAAAGUGAAGGUGCUGCAUCUGCUAUGCGAAUGGCGAUUGUCGAAGCCCGACGUCGAAAUUAUGACCAAAGACUUCUCAGGCGAAAGUUUGCGCAUAUUGCCCUUAGGACAGGACCACAAUGGCAUCACCUAUUGGUACUUCUAUGGAACGCGGCUUUACAGUGAAGACCCGGAAAUAAAAUUGAAGAUAUCCCUCUCUUCCCGGCACAAGCAAAAAAGUCAGCUGUCAGAUUCCUUGAACUGUGAGACGCUCGACGAGACGGUUACGAAGAAGACGAAGAAAAAGCGACGUCGAAAAAGAAGCAAAAAGGCAUACGAUUUUGGAAUGAAACGGCGUCGAGUCGCUACCUCGUCUCACCGGCAUACGGAAUCAGAGGAAGCGAAGAGCGACGAAGAAUGUGAAACCUCAAAUGUGUGUUCAAAGUUGCGGCCAGAGCUAGUGGUCAACACUAGUGGUUGUAGUACACCUCACAAUCUCACCGCAGACCCAGACGAUUCAUCUCUUUCAGAAAUGGUAAAAUGCAUUUAUCGCUCGCGGGACGACGAUGACAGCCUUAUGAGUUCUGAGGACAUGGAAGUAUCGUCUCGCGGUCGUAGCUUUGUCAAAAAAGAAGUUGACAGUCUCAGCGAAAAACAGCGAUCGUUCACCGAUUCGCCGAUCAGCGCUUCGUUCACUGAGGACCUACGUCCUUAUCGAACGAGGAACAGCCAGUUGAAGUUGAAGUCAGAAGUGUUGUCUGAACCGAAGAUGAGACCUCUCUCUGCGACCCCUUCUUCGACGACUGCCGCGGCCAGCGACCAAGAAUCGGCAGAUGACCGAAGUUGGGACCAGGAACUACUGCAACCGCCAACUAAAAGUCGAUGGCACUUGCGCUGUUCAACGCUAGAUGAUUGGAAGCGUCUAACCGAGAUGUUCAGCGGAUCUUCCACCAGCGCCGAACGUCGGUUGCAUAAAAUGCUGGCGAAGGACUUUUUGCCGGCGUUGGAAGACAUGUUCAUUCAGAAGGAGAAGGAAGCCGCCUACAAAGCACAGGAGUUGACAAAGAGAGUGUCAGAUCGCUUAGAGAUGAAAAAGUUGAAGAAAAGGCAGGAGAUGGCCGAAAGGUCCCGACGGGAGGCAGAAGAAAGACGACGUUUGGCAGCUUUGCAAGAAGAACGAAGAAAGAAAGAAGAAAGUGAAAGGCGUGAGGCGAGACAUCAAAUGCGGGAGUUGGAGAAAGAAAGGCAUUACAAAGUCAAGCAGCAUGCCGCCGAAGAACGGAAACGUCGCCUCGAACUCUGGCAGAAGCGAAAGGAGGUGCUGGAGGUAGAACGAAAAUCAUCUUCGUCAUCUGACACGAUGAUGGAUGAAAAAGAAUUGAACGAACUGGAUAUUCAACUAGAGUUCGAAGUUAUGUAUGGACAGAUGGAAAAACUCUUAAAUUACGUCAGAAGAGAUGCGGAUGCUUGGCCAUUCAUGGAACCGGUCACAGCGGACAUUGCUCCUGAUUAUCGUGACAUCGUUCAACACCCGAUGGACUUUGAAACGAUGCAACACAAAAUCGAGUCACGGGAUUACACGAAUAAAUGCCAGUUCAUUGAUGAUAUGAACCUUGUUUUUCUGAACUGUCUUCAGUACAACGGCCUGAAAAGUGAAUACACGAAACUUGCGCAAAGGCUCGAACGAGUGUUCCUAAAAGGCUGGAAGAGAUAUUUUCCACCGUCUGAAAUGGUCGAUUCCAAUGCCCGCAUCCAACAAGAACUUUUGGAAUGCCUGUCAAGGCUCGGCGCAUUAGACCGACAAAUCAAGCGAGAACUUCAGGUUAGUUCCCCUCACAAAUAUUUUUUUCCAGGAAGUUUUCUAGCUUACUUUUCUUUGUAUACCGAGGGGGAGGCAAAAGAUGUGCAUUUCGCGUUUGUGCUCAUCGAGUGUAGCUGAAU